AUGUUCAUUAACCGCCUACUUCAUUAUGAAGUAGAUCCAACAUUAUAUUUUAAGAACAUUACUAUUCCACAAGUGUGGAAAUCUUACUUAUCUAACAGCGCCAUUAUUCUUUUACGUACUAUGAAAUUCUAUAAAAAAAUUCUAGAUUCAACACCACCUGACUCACUUGAUAGUCUUCAAUCUAUGAAUUAUCCAAAUAAUGAUCAAAACGUAAAUCCUUCGUUGACUUUCAACGAUCAAUUAUGGAAUGAACAAUCACAACAUUGUAAACUAUCACAUCAACGAAAAUUUUGUUCUAUCUGUGAAUUAACAAAAAUUAUUUCCGCUAUUCAUCCAUCAUCAACAAACACACUUAUUGAAUCACAUUGUCUUACUACUCCAUCAGCUGAUUCUAUUAGAACUCAUGUACAUUUAAUAUCACCUGUUUUUAAUGUUGGGGAACAAGAAGAUGUUAGUGAAUUUAUUAUUACUUUGUUGAAUCAUUUUGUUUGUUGUUUACCAUCACAUCUGUCAAUAUCAUCUACUCUUUCUUUGGAACCAACGAUUAUUGAUCAAGUAUUCAAUAUUAAGCUUCUAUCAUCGGGACAAUGUUCAUCGUGCUUAUCAGGAAAACGAUCAGAAAAUUUUUUUGGAAAAUCAGAAAUUAAUCAGAAAGGUAGUUUUUUGCAAACGAAUUGGUAUUAUGUGAAGAUACCAGCAUAG